AUGUCUUGGUGCACCAUUGAAUCUGACCCUGGUGAGUUCCCUGUUUUCAGAUUUCUCUCUCUCUCUCUCUCUCUCUCUCUCUCUCUCUCUGUUUUUUUUUUUUUUUUUAAGAACCUUGUAACUGGAAAAAUGUCACGGACAUUGAUUAUUCAUAUUAAGGCAUCGAGAGAUGAAUAUUGUAUUGUUGGCUUUCCUGCUACUUAUAUUCUAUUUUUCUACAUUGGGUCAGCAUCUUGACUCUGUAACUUAGUUGAGUGCAACUAACCCAGUAGUUUCAAAGCCGUUUCAUGAACAUUAAUGGAGUGUGGAAUUAAGAAUGCAUUUGAUGUUUAAAAAGUAGACAUCUCGAUGGUCUUUCUGGUUCAGUGGUCUGUUCUAGUUUUCUCUGGUUUUCUCUGGUUAUUAAUGGUGAAUGCCAAAGAAAUGGCAUUAGUUCAAUAAUGUUGAUUGUGAGAACAAAGUGCCAAAAUAUGGUUGGUGAUGCUAUCCUAUUGACUAUCUCUCUCUUUGCAGUUAUGUAUGCAAGUUGGGUUUUGCAUUCCAGAUGAUGUAGUGAUACAUAUUUAUAGCCGAUGUGGUGAUGAUAAGCAUAGUUGUUCGGUGCUUCAUCACCCAAUCUUGUUCAGAAAAAUUAUUCGGCUUUUACCUGCCUUGAAAUUUUAGGAGUAUUUUCGAAGAGUAUUAUAUUUACUAACGAACAGGAAACAAUUUCUAAGAUUCUCUUGUUAAGGUUCUGAUUUAUUGCAUUAAAUAGGCAAUAAAUAUUUCGGGAGGAGAGCAGGAGAAAUGAGGGAUGGCCUUCUUUUUCAAAAGUUGAAUAUACAAACAGUUUGAUUAAAGUAAUCAAAGGUCGUUGAUUACUUGAGCUAAAUGGCAAUGAAUUAUUUUAGAAUUCACGUUUAUGGGGUCCUUAAAGACAUAGAACAUCACAGAGAAUAACCAUUUGAGAAUUUUUAGGACUUGAUACAUAAAAAUAUAUUAUUUUACGGAGUUGUGACCGUGGGACUGUCUUUAUUUUUCUAUUUCAUGGAAUCAUCUGGAGAGAAUGCUUAGCAUGUUAGUGUGAUUAGUCCCCAGAUCUGGAAAGCGAUUCGCACCAACAAAAGAAAUAUGCGUUUAUUAUCUCACAUGCCCUGUUGUUUUUAAUCUUUUAUUUUUUUAAAAUAUUCUUCUUAUGGCUAACUUUCAAUUCUUUUCACCUAAGGUAAAUCUGAAUUUUAUUCCAGGUGUUUUCACUGAACUCAUACAGCAGAUGCAAGUGAAAGGCGUACAGGUAGACUCCUCAUAUCCGCAGUUUGAUUCCAUUGUGUUACCCUCAUCAAUGGACCAUUUAUCCCCAUUUAUCCCUCGUAUCUGGUUGCAAAAAAUUGCAACCAUCUUCCCUGCUGAUUCUUGAACCGCGCGCAUCUGGUUUGGGAGAGAUGAUUAGUAUCUAAAACUCCCUGAUUUGCAACUUGUUGUUGAGCCCCCGAAUGUUCUGCAACAAGAUCUUCAAGCUAAACUGACGGAGCCCCUCAAUGCACUUUCUUAGAUUGCAUUGACUUCUUUUCCUUCUCCCCUGGAAGGCGGGGACUGAUUGAAGAUUCCCAUUCUCUUUAGAGUUUUCCACAUAACCAGUGAUACAUCUAUCUUUCCAGUUGGUGGCGAUAUAUUCUUGAAUAUCUGAUAAGCCAAAAGACUGGGUUUUUUUAUUGUUCUUCUAAGCUUUACCUCAUGUGGUUUGUUUUCUCCAUUUUUUUGGGGGAAAAAAAAAGAGAGUCAAAACUGACUCAUUGGUUGUGGGGAUAACCUUCCUGGAACAUAAAUAUGGCUAAGUGACAUAUCUGUUGUAAAAGCAGUAACUUCUCAUUGGUUUUUUGAGAGCGCUCAGAAUACACCCAUAGGCAUCUCUCCCGUUCUAUAUAUUCUUGAAUUAAUUAUUUUACGCGGUCUCAUAAAGAAUUGGAAUUAGCCAGAUUGCCCCCUUUUUUUUUUUUUAAAUGCGUUGGACGAGUCAGCUGUACUUAUGCUUUCACCCAUUUUUUUGUUUUAAUCUCGUCAGAUUGGUCAGUCUCCACUGUAGAAGGUGCGAUACAUCACAGUCUUUUAGGCCUUUCCAUGAGCAUGUUGGCUGAUCGCAGAUUGUCAACUAUAAGAAUGCAGAUGGGUUGGGAAAUCCAAUGGAAUCGAAAUGGGUAUUUCUCGUAUGCAUCGAUAUAUAAUAUAUUAAUACAUUGAAUGUGAAUAGAUUUUAGUAAGUUUCAGUUGCAUUUCCUGGUCGUCUGCUGUGUUGGUCACCAUGUAGGAACUGGGGAUUGUGCAGGGGGUCCUUGGGAGUUUGACACAGAAAUUCAGGGUGUCACUGCAUUAAAUGUAAUAUUCAAUCCUUUAACGUAUGAUUUUCUGUCUAAAUGAGUGCAGUGAUGGAGAAACCAUGAUAUAGAUUCCUAUGGGCUAUGGCCCUACCACCGACAAACCACUUUUGUUAUCAUCGUCCUCCUGCAUGAGAUCUACUGCUGCCACAAAAUGAGUCGGGGGUCUUUGACAUUCUGGUUAAAGGCUUUUUUGUCAACGUCCUGAGAUUGUGGGCCCAGGUCAUCAUCUGGGUUUUGGAUUGCUAUCAUACCUUCUCAUGCUGGAUAUGUGUUCCUGUCAAUGCCUAAUGGUUUGACUUUGGCAAGGCGGAUUGGAUAUCAGGGGUCUGAUCUGAUCUAUUUGGCUUCACAUGAGGGGAGAAUGCUUGCUGCAAAUGGUUUCAUGUCUUCCAAAAUGCUCUCGGGCCAUGGCUUCAUCCAGCUCUUUUUUUUUUUUUAUAUAUAUUUAUUUAUAAAAAAGAGCGUGUUGAGAAUGCUCUGUUUCUUUGUUCCAAACGAGUGGGCAUCUUUUUUCAGUCGCUAGAAGAUGAUCCCUCUUUCUUCUCUUGUCCUGAUUCAACCUCUCUCUCUCUCUCUGCCCCCCCCCUUUUCUUUCUUUAAUGCUCAGGUCGAGGAGUUGUAUUCGCUUGACCUGGAGUCGCUGAACAAUCUCCGGUACAGCUGCUCACUUGAUUGGUUAUUUUUUCUCUUUCUUGUCACAUUUAGAGUAAGAAGAUGGGUUUGCUGUAACCUGUGGUGAAUAUUUUCCCAGGCCGGUGUAUGGGUUGAUAUUCCUCUUCAAGUGGCGCCCUGGGGAGAAGGACGACCGCGUUGUCAUCAAGGACCCUGUCCCCAAUUUGUUCUUCGCCAGCCAGGUCUGUCGACAGUCUUCCACCGCUGCCGCCACCGCCGCCGCCCGCCCGCCCGCCCGCCCACCUGAGGCUGCCGCCCUCUCUCUCUCUCUCUCUCUCAUCCUCUCUUUUUUUUUCUUCCCUUUUUCUUCAUUGCAGGUGAUCAACAAUGCCUGUGCGACCCAAGCGAUCCUCUCGAUCCUGAUGAAUUGCCCGGAGGUUGAUAUCGGGCCGGAGCUGUCGAUGCUGAAGGAAUUCACGAAGAACUUCCCGCCGGAGCUCAAGGGGCUGGCGAUCAGCAACAGCGAGGCCAUCCGGGCAGCCCACAACAGCUUCGCUCGGCCCGAGCCCUUCGUCCCCGAGGAGCAGAAGGCGGCAGGCAAGGACGACGAUGUGUACCACUUUUUGAGCUACUUGCCAGUAGACGGUGUGCUUUACGAGCUCGACGGGCUCAAGGAGGGCCCGAUCAGCCUCGGGCGGUGCCCUGGCGGCCAGGGAGACCUGGAUUGGCUGAGGAUGGUGCAACCCGUCAUCCAGGAGCGGAUCGAGCGGUACUCACAGAGCGAGAUCAGGUUCAAUCUCAUGGCUAUUAUCAGGAACCGGCGGGAGAUGUACACGGCGGAGCUGAAGGAGCUGCAGCGGAAGCGGGAGGUGCUCCUGGACCAGCUGGGCAAGGCCCAGGCGGAGCGGCUGGGGGACUACAACGGCGGUGGCGGCGCCCGGUACGGCGGGCCCAGCAUCGAGGCCCUCAAUCAGUCCCUGGCAGAGGUGACGUCGGGCAUCGAGGGUGCUACCGAGAGGAUCCUGAUGGAGGAGGAGAAGUUCAAGAAGUGGAAGACGGAGAACAUCCGCAGGAAGCACAAUUACAUCCCCUUCCUCUUCAACUUCCUCAAGAUCCUCGCCGAGAAGAAGCAGCUCAAGCCCUUGAUCGAGAAGGCAAAGCAGAAGCAUGCUGCCGCCGGCAAAUGA